CGAACAUGUCCGAGACUACGCUUUCGGCCUGCUCCUUGUCAACCUGCGCGGGCAACUCUGAUGGAUCGACGGUUGGCCCCUCCUCCUUAUGCUCGUCGAGUCCGGAGGAGGCUCUCCGGACGUUUAUCUGGAAGAAAAGAGUAUCCUUUCCGGCUUGUCCAAGUUGCGGCCGUCUCCUUCACUCUGGCUGUAUUCGACUGGACGAACAGCCGAAGUCCUUCACGGUUUGGUGAAAGUCGUAUACGGGCCUGAGGCGCCACUGCUCUACAUGUUUGUCCCUUGUAACCUCUGCAUAUACGCUGGCAUGAAUACCACGAAGCACUCUACGACUGUAGACUCUCCCAUGGACGAGCGCAACCGCGUACACGCCCUUCAUCGGGACUACCCACCGGACCCCGACUCCGAAGCAGGCGCGUAUCAUGUUCAGGUUGGCCGACGCCAACCUCAAGCGAAACCUGUCUUGUUCGCAUAUGGACGUCGCCUCGUCGCCCAAGGUCAUGAGGCGCCCCAUCCUCUUCCGAAGAGGUAUAAGAGCCACCCAUCUUUGCCCUCCAUCCUCAUCAGCCAACCUCACCUUCAUCCGUUCUUUCCACCCUCCAACGACCACCCUUCGUUUUUACGCCUGCUUCGGCCAUCGUCGCUCAGUCUCACUACUUGCACUCUACCGCACAAACACACACCCGCCGGCAUAAUGCAGUUCUCCGUCGCAUCCCUCUUCGCCACCGUCGCCCUCCUCUUCGGUGCCACUCAGGUCGCCGCUAUCGCUGCUGACCCUUACAUGGCCUGCGGCUGCCCCAACAACUGCGACUACAACGUCGGCGACUCGUGCAAGUGGAAGGAGUCCGUCGCCUUCGACGAGGUCGUCGUCUCUGGUCACUGCAUCCUCGACGGCUAUGGCCGCAAGAUCUGCUCCAAGUAG